ACGACUGAAAGAUGAAGCUCGCUGGAUUUAUGCUCUUCCUCAUCAAUUCAGCGGCCUCCAUCAAUCUCAAAUACAUCUCCAAGAGGAACUCAGUUGACGGAUGUAUAGACUGGUCUGUGGACUUGAAGACGUAUCGUGUGCUGGCUGGAGAGCCGCUGAGGGUCAAGUGUGCUCUGUUCUACAGCUACAUUCGCACCAACUAUAGCGUGGCCCAAAAUGCCAAGCUGCGGCUCAUCUGGUACAGGAACAAGGGCGAUUCUGAGGAGCCAAUCAUCUUCUCAGGUCAUCGGCUCAGUAAGGAGGGGGAUUCCAUUUGGUUCCGCUCUGCAGAGAUGGAGGACAAUGGAUUUUACACUUGUGUGCUCAGAAACUCAACAUACUGUAUGAAGGUGUCCAUGUCGCUGACAGUCGAGGAGAGUGAAGAGGGACUUUGCUUUAGCAGCCGAAUACGUUACCAGGAGAGAGCCGAGAUCACCAAGAGCAAAAUGAUCUCCUGUCCUGACAUUGACGACUACCUGGCGCCCUACAAGCAGCCGAUCAUGACCUGGUACAAGGAGUGUCAGAGGAAAGAGUGGAGGAGCUCCAUAAUCAUCAACACCACCAGUCUGUGGAUUCCAGAGGUGCAAGAAGACGAUGGGGGAAAUUACACUUGUGAACUUAAAUAUGGCAGCAAGGUUGUGAGACGGACCACAGAGCUUAAAGUCACAGCACUUCUUACGACCAGACCACCUAAAGUCUUGUUCCCGUCAGAGAGACAAGCCAGUGUUAUAGACGUCCAACUCGGUAUGCGUCUCAUCUUAGACUGCAAAGCUUUUUUCGGCUACAGUGGGGAUUCCAAACCGAUCAUCUACUGGAUGAAGGGGGAUAAGUUUGUAGAGGAGCUGGAAGGACACAUAAGAGAGAGUGAAGUCAGGGUGGUGCGAGAGUUUCUGGGGGAGAAGGAAGUGGAGCUGUCUCUCAUCUUUGAUGCAGUUGAGGAUACUGACAUGGGAAACUAUACCUGUAAUGUAGAAAACCACAUCGGCCGUGGCAGCGGAAGUGCCAUCCUGCAGAAAAAAGACAUGUACAGGUUGGAGCUGGUUGGUGGUCUGGGCGCCAUCAUGCUGUUAUUGGGGAUCUUCACCGCCAUCUAUAAGUGCUAUAAUGUGGAGAUUAUGCUGUGCUACAGACAACACUUCGGCAGCGAUGAAGCAGAUGAUGGCAACAAGGAAUAUGAUGCCUACCUCUCUUAUACCAAAGUGGAUCUGGAGUCAGUGGAGCAGGAGAUGAGCGAGGAGGAGCAGUUUGCUCUAGAGAUUUUACCUGACGUUCUGGAGAAACACUAUGGAUAUAAACUCUUCAUUCCGCAUCGCGACCUCAUACCCAGCAGCACAUAUAUCGAGGACCUGGCCCGGAGCGUGGAGCAGAGCAGGCGUCUCAUUAUUGUGUUGACCCCCGAGUUCGUGGCCCGUCGUGGUUGGAGCAUCUUCCAGUUCGAGCCGCGACUGCACAGCAUGCUGGUGACUGGUGAAAUCAAGGUGAUCAUGAUCGAAUGCCCGGACCUGCGCACCGUUAUCAACUACCAGGAGGUAGAAGACCUCAAACACACCAUCCGAGUGCUGACUCUCAUCAAAUGGCAGGGCCCCAAAAGCAACCAGCUGAAAUCCAAGUUCUGGAAGCAGGUCCGCUACGAGAUGCCAGCUAAGAAAAAAGAGACCAUGUCUCGCCGACAAGUUCUAGAUUCAGGAGAGCAAGGGUUGUUUGGUGACCUGCAGGCUGUGUCCACAGUUGCGAUGACAGCGACAUCUGCAUCGCUAGCACCUACUCAGGUUGAAAUACCAGACUAUAAUGAGCCUAGUCACAUGCAAAUGCGUCAUUUCUGCCGGAGCUACGAAUAUGAGCUGCCCACUACUGCAAUAGCAACGCUUAAUGGCCGUCACAUGUACUGUAAUUUGCCUAUGACACUUCUGAAUGGCCGACUGACACAGAAUAACAUUGGGAAAGGCAAGAAAGAGAUUCACUUGAACAGCUCUUUCGUACCGCUGUCUGGACAAGAACUUUCCAGUGAUAUCUGGUAGAACACCUCACAGCAAUUGCCCAGCUUUGCUGAUUUCAUUCCACCCCCCCCCCCUUCCCUCCUUUUUAUCUGCAUGAUUUCAUCUAGUUACGGUUUAAAAAGAAACAUGAUGGUUUAUCUUGCUUUCUUCCAGCCUUUAGUGUUUUCAUACUUCGUUCUGACCGAUGAAGAGCUACUGAUAUUGUUUUCCUACUUGAAUUUCAAGGUUAUUAUACUAUGUACAGUUAUUCACUGCAUCUGCAUCUUCAACAUUGAAGGUUUUAUUUGACAUUUAUGUCUUUGGUUGUUAUAGCACAAUAAUGUAAAGACACAGCAGCUCAGAGCUUUAAAGAAUAUUAUGUUCUAUUUAUGCAAAAUAAAUACUUGUCAGAUCUAAUAAGCACAUUUUAUUAUGGUUUGUAGCCAGGUAGAAGGAGGUGUACAUUUUUUUGAUACUUGUCAUUCAACUUAAUUAUUUCCAAGUCAUUUUGGAUGUUAUGUUUUGAUCGUUUUCAUACCCAGCAUUUCAGUGCUGUCAAAGAUCGACAGUUUGAUCGUUGACAUUUAUUGAUAUUUAUGAUCAUUUUACCGAAUUUGUAUGCAAUGUUGCCCUCUUACUCUAGUUUAAAGAAAUGACAGAUCACUAAAAUCAGUGAUUUCAUUUUGUAUACUCACGUCUAGUAUGCCAUUUUUCUCUUCAGAUACAUGCAGUGAUGUGUGGGAGAGUGACUUACAAAUAUCUGAGCUGUUAUUUAACAAAAUAUUCACAAAUCCAAGCAGCUUGUCUGAUUCACAGAGUUUUGGGAUUUUGAA